AUGUCGCUGUACCUUGCGCCGGCAGGCGAGGCCGACGCCGACCGCUUCGCCGCCAUCGAACAGGCCGCCCUCCCCAACGACGCCACCAGCGCGGUGCUCUUUCCCGGGCCGUUCCCCGAGGGCGGGAUAUCACGCGGCGACCAGCUGCGCGAGCACCUCCUCAGCGACCCCGACUGCCACUGGGUCAAGGUUGUCGACCGCGACCUCGAGGCGGCGGGACGCGGCGACGAGGCUACCGUCGCCUUUGCCGUGUGGUACUUUUGGCCCGCGCGGGGCAAGCCGCUGCCCACGUCCGCAUGGGGCCCCGGGACCAACGCCGAGGCGUGCAAGCUCUACUUUGGCGGGCUCGACCGGCGGUGGGAGGAGGAUGUUGGCAGCAAGCCGCAUGCGUACCUCAAGUAUGUGCAUACCGACCCGGCGCACCAGCGCCGAGGGGCCGGCGCCUUGACAAUGGCGUGGGGCACCAAGGAGGCCGAUGCCAGGGGCCUGCCGGCGUACGUGCAGGCCUCGCCGCAGGGUCAGGGGCUCUACGCCAAGUUUGGCUUCGCGCUCAUCGACACGUACGCCGUGGAUCUCUCCCCAUGGGGCGGGCCGGCGCGCGACGAGACGGCCAUCAUGAUGAGAUCCGCCGGGGCAGCGCAGCCAUAG